CAGGACGGUGCCCUGGGCUGCAACAGCUCCCCUCCCCUUCCCAGCCAUGGGCCCCUCACCAGGUGAGGAGGGAGGCCAUGUGGGCGGGGCUCAGGUCAGCCCAUCUUCCCUGCAGGGGCCUGCUCAGAGUUCAAGUUCAAGUUCAGGGUUCAGGGCUGGCCCGGGACCUCUCCUUUGCCCCAGGAGAUCAUUACGCUUUCUCUAAGCCCUGCUGUAGCCCAGGCUGGAAUUUGGAUUUUGACCUGCAAGGAGCCUCUUAGCAGGCGGUGCUGGAGGGAGGGCCACUGCCAUUCUUCCAAACUCUGGCUGCGAGGGAAAAGGAGCCCAGUUUCUCCCUCCUCACAGCCACCUCUCUCUCCAUCUGCCUCAGACGCCACCGACAGGACCCAGGGCAGGUGGGCCCUGCAUCCAGUGGAAGGGGUGAGAGAGUUCAUUCAGGACCAUGGAGAGCAGCCCCAGCAGCCCUCAGCCCCCGCGGUCAGAUCCCCUGGAGGCAUUUCCCCAGAGGACUCUGGAACCAGGUGACAUCGCAGUGCUGGUUCUGUACUUCCUCUUUGUCCUGGCCGUUGGACUAUGGUCCACAGUGAAGACCAAAAGAGACACGGUGAAAGGCUAUUUUCUAGCUGGAGGGGACAUGGUGUGGUGGCCAGUGGGUGCAUCCUUGUUUGCCAGCAAUGUUGGAAGUGGACAUUUCAUUGGCCUGGCAGGGUCAGGUGCUGCUGCGGGCCUUUCUGUAACUGCUUAUGAAUUUAAUGGCUUAUUUUCCGUGCUGAUGUUGGCCUGGAUCUUCCUCCCUAUCUACAUCUCUGGUCAGGUCACCACGAUGCCAGAAUACCUAAGGAAACGCUUUGGCGGCAACAGGAUCCCCAUCAUCCUGGCUGUGCUCUACCUGUUUAUCUACAUCUUCACCAAGAUCUCGGUAGACAUGUAUGCAGGUGCCAUCUUCAUUCAGCAGUCUUUGCACCUAAAUCUCUACCUGGCCAUAGUCGGGCUGCUGGCCAUCACAGCUCUAUACACUGUUGCAGGUGGCCUGGCUGCUGUGAUCUACACGGAUGCUCUACAGACUCUGAUCAUGCUUAUAGGAGCGCUCACCCUGAUGGGCUACAGUUUUGCUGCAGUCGGCGGGUUGGAAGGCCUGGAAGAGAAAUACUUCUUGGCUGUGGCCAGCAACCGGAGUGGGAACAACAGCUGCGGGCUGCCCCGGGAAGACGCCUUCCAUAUUUUCCGAGACCCACUGACAUCUGAUCUCCCGUGGCCUGGGAUCCUAUUUGGAAUGUCCAUCCCGUCCCUCUGGUACUGGUGCACCGAUCAGGUGAUUGUUCAGCGGACUCUGGCUGCCAAGAACCUGUCCCAUGCCAAAGGAGGCUCUCUGAUGGCCGCAUACCUGAAGGUCCUGCCCCUUUUCAUCAUGGUGUUCCCUGGUAUGGUCAGCCGUGUCCUCUUUCCAGACCAAGUGGCUUGUGCAGACCCAGAAAUCUGCCAGAAGGUCUGUAGCAACCCCGCCGGCUGCUCUGACAUCGCGUAUCCCAAACUUGUACUGGAACUCCUGCCUACAGGGCUCCGCGGGCUCAUGAUGGCUGUGAUGGUGGCGGCGCUCAUGUCCUCCCUCACCUCCAUCUUUAACAGUGCCAGCACCAUCUUCACCAUGGACCUCUGGAAUCAUCUCCGGCCUCGGGCAUCUGAGAAGGAGCUCAUGAUUGUGGGCAGGGUGUUUGUGUUGCUGCUGGUAUUGGUCUCCAUCCUCUGGAUCCCUGUGGUCCAGGCCAGCCAGGGUGGCCAACUCUUCAUCUACAUCCAGUCCAUCAGCUCCUACCUGCAGCCUCCCGUGGCUGUGGUCUUCAUCAUGGGAUGUUUCUGGAAGCGGACCAACGAAAAGGGCGCCUUCUUCGGUCUCAUCUUGGGCCUUCUCCUAGGCUUGGUUCGUCUCGUUCUGGACUUCAUUUACGUGCAGCCUCGGUGUGACCAGCCAGAUGAGCGGCCAGCUGUGGUAAAGGAUGUCCACUACCUCUACUUCUCCAUGAUUCUGUCCUCCGUCACCCUGAUCACUGUGUCCGUCGUAAGCUGGUUCACAGAGCCGCCCUCCAAGGAGAUGGUCAGUCGCUUGACCUGGUUUACUCGCCAUGACCCCAUGGUUCAGAAGGAACAGGUGCCACCAGCAACUCCCCCGCCUCUUACCCUCUCUCAGAACAGGACACCAGAGGCCAGCAGAACCAACGUCCAGUUCGAGAUUGUCCAAGAAAACAUGCCCCAAAACCACAGCUGUGACAUGACCAAAAAGCAGUCCAAAGUGGUGAAAGCCAUGUUGUGGCUCUGUGGGGUGGAGAACAAGGGCAAGGAGGAGAUGCCGAGCACAACAGACCCUGUCAUAGUUUCCCUGGAUGAAAACCCCUUGGUGAAAACCCUUCUGGACGUCAACCUCUUCAUCUGUGUCAGCUGUGCCAUCUUUCUCUGGGGCUACUUUGCUUAACAUGGGGGUGAACCCAGGGGUCCAAGCUCUCAGUUUGCUAUCAAUGCCCCAAUUUUUUAAUGAAGGAAAAAAAUAAUAAAGCCUUGUUUGUUUACCA